AUGGGCAGGUUUAUCAUAGGCUGGGACCUCUCCAUCCAAGAGAUGGAGAACCGCGCCAAUACGGACAAAUAUAUAUUGGAUACGGAGCCAGCUGCCCAGGAACGUCUCGGAGACGUAAGAAACUCCGAGUGCGAACCGGGGCUCAUGCGCUACCUAAGUGGUCUACUAGCAAGUGUCAACGUUUACGCCCAAUCUUAUAAGAUGAUGCACGAAGUAGAGCAGAUG